AUGUCUGGUCUAAGCGAAGAAAAGCCCAGUCAGACGUACGAGUGCGGCUGCCACUGUGGUUAUAUCAAGUUCAGCAUGACGCUGUCACCGCCGCUGACCGGACAACCAGAGGGGCAGAACUACAAGAUCACAGACUGCAACUGCUCAGCCUGCACCCGCCUUGGAUAUCUUCUCACUUACCCGAAAGCCACCGAAGUAACCUGGCACAAUGACGGUCGUGCCCGUUGCUCCAACUACCGUUUCAACACGAAGCAAAAGGACCAGAUGUUCUGUCCCAAGUGCGGCGCCAGUCUAGGCAUCGACUUCCGGGAGUUUCACAAACAACAUACGUACGGAAUCAGCGCUCGCACAAUCUAUGGCAUCAACCUAGAAGAAGUAACUCUUGUGAAGGGUGAUGGAAUGAAAACAGUACCGCCUGCACGCGACUUGUCGGGGCAUUGGUGGGACGAGGAAAAGCAAGAGAUGAAAUAG